UUAGUUCGCGCGCGUGCGACGCGCCAAACGUGUUCCGUGCGAGUUUAAACCCAACGCAGGUAUCAUUGGUGCGUUCACGGACGUCAUUGUGUUCACUAAUUAGACCCAAUCCCCAAAGAAUAAGGUCCAUUUCCGCUCACAACGGGAGGGCCAUAAACCAGCAGAAUGGGGGCGAUGUUCCGCAGCGAGGAGAUGGCUUUGUGCCAGCUCUUCAUCCAGCCUGAGGCGGCCUAUACCUCCGUCUCGGAGCUCGGCGAAGCCGGCACAGUGCAGUUCAGAGACUUGAACCCAGACGUGAACGCGUUCCAACGCAAGUUCGUCAACGAGGUCCGACGAUGCGAUGAAAUGGAACGCAAACUGCGCUACAUAGAAGUGGAGGUCCACAAAGACGGCGUGCACGUGCCCGCGGUCAAGGAGCCGCCUCGCGCGCCCAACCCCAGGGAGAUUAUCGACCUUGAGGCACAUCUAGAGAAAACAGAGAACGAAAUCCUCGAGCUGUCACACAACGCGGUGAACUUGAAACAGAACUACUUGGAGCUGACCGAACUCAGACAUGUGUUGGAGAAGACCGAAGCCUUCUUCCUCGCGCAGGAAGAAAUCGGCAUGGACUCUUUGACCAAGUCCCUGAUCUCAGACGAGACAGGUCAACAGCAAGCGGCGCGUGGCCGGCUCGGCUUCGUAGCGGGUGUGGUCCAAAGGGAACGCGUGCCCGCUUUCGAGAGGAUGUUGUGGCGUAUCUCGCGGGGCAAUGUGUUCUUGAGACGCGCUGAUUUGGACAAACCUUUGGAAGAUCCUGCCUCUGGCAACGAGAUCUACAAGACAGUAUUCGUGGCGUUCUUCCAAGGCGAGCAGCUGAAGUCCCGCAUCAAGAAGGUGUGCGCUGGUUUCCACGCGUCGCUGUAUCCCUGCCCGCCCUCUAACAUCGAGCGACAGGACAUGGUCAAGGGCGUCCGCACCAGGCUUGAAGACCUCAACAUGGUCCUGAACCAAACCCGCGACCACCGCCAGCGCGUGCUUGUCAGCGUGGCCAAGGAACUGCCGAGCUGGUCCAUCAUGGUGCGCAAGAUGAAGGCCAUCUACCACACGCUCAACUUAUUCAACAUGGACGUCACCAAGAAAUGCCUGAUCGGAGAAUGCUGGGUGCCUACUGCUGACCUGCCUAAUGUGCAGAAGGCUUUGGCCGAUGGAUCGAACGCAUGCGGCAGUUCAAUUCCUUCGUUCCUGAACUGCAUCGAAACCGACGAGGAGCCGCCCACUUUCAACAGGACCAACCGCUUCACUAGAGGAUUCCAGAACCUCAUCGACUCGUACGGAGUCGCCUCCUACCGCGAAUGCAACCCUGCUCUAUACACCACCAUCACCUUCCCAUUCCUCUUCGCGGUGAUGUUCGGCGAUCUGGGCCACGGCUUGAUCAUGGCCCUGUUCGGCGCGUGGAUGGUCAUCAAGGAGGUUUCCCUCGCCUCAAAGAAGUCCAACAACGAAAUCUGGAACAUAUUCUUCGCCGGUCGCUACAUCAUUCUUCUCAUGGGUUGCUUCUCAAUGUACACCGGGAUAGUAUACAACGAUAUCUUCUCGAAAUCCAUGAACAUCUUCGGCUCUGCGUGGUUCGUGCCUUACGAUAAUGAUACGUUGAUCCACAACGCCGCUCUCACCCUCGAUCCGAAGGAUUCGUACGUCAACCAGCCUUACUUCAUCGGUAUUGAUCCUGUUUGGCAGACUGCUGAUAACAAGAUCAUCUUCCUGAACUCGUACAAAAUGAAGCUGUCCAUCAUUUUCGGUGUCGUCCACAUGAUCUUCGGUGUCUGCAUGAGCGUCGUCAACUACAACUUCUUCAACCGCCGCUACUCCAUCGUCCUGGAGUUCAUUCCCCAGGUGGUGUUCCUGUGCCUGCUGUUCUUGUACAUGGUGUUCAUGAUGUUCUACAAAUGGGUCGCCUACAGCACUUUUUCUGAGGACACUGCCUACAGCCAAGGCUGCGCGCCGUCCGUGCUGAUCCUAUUCAUCAACAUGAUGCUAUUCUCGAGCACCGAACCUGAGGCCGGCUGCAAGGAGUUUAUGUUCGAGGGCCAGGGAACCAUCCAGAGGGUCUUCGUGCUGGUAGCAUUGUGCUGUAUCCCGGUUAUGUUGCUGGGCAAGCCUUUGUACCUGCUGUCGGUUAGCAAGAAGAAGAACCAUGCCAAACCGGAGCACUCCAACGGCACCGUAAACCAAGGCAUCGAGAUGCAAGAACAAACCGACAUCGGCGACGGCCAGCCCAAGCCGGCUGAAGCGAAGGCCGCGGCGUCGCACGAAGACGAGCCCUUCAGCGAGAUCAUGAUCCACCAGGCCAUUCACACCAUCGAGUAUGUGCUCAGUACCAUCUCGCAUACCGCCUCGUAUCUGCGGCUGUGGGCGCUGUCGCUCGCUCACGCAGAGUUAUCUGAGGUGCUGUGGAACAUGGUGCUGACCUUCGGGCUAAAAGACCACGGCUACGUGGGCGCUAUCAAGCUGUACGUGGCGUUCUGCUUCUGGGCGCUCUUCACGCUGGCCAUCCUCGUCAUGAUGGAAGGGCUCUCCGCCUUCCUGCACACGCUGCGUUUGCACUGGGUGGAGUUCAUGAGCAAGUUCUACUCGGGUCUGGGCUACAUCUUCCAGCCUUUCUGCUUCAAGACGAUCCUCGACCAGGAGGACAAAGAAGAAUAAAUUAGUUCAUUAAAUAACAUACCAAGUAGUUUAGUUGACAGUAUUGAAAUGAAAUAAUGUAAAAGCGCCCAGCGCGCGACGUCACAAAUCGAGAAAGAGUUGAAUUGAAAUUAUAUUUAUGCAUGUUUA